AUGUCCGGUCCAGGAAUGACAUACGCCGCUGCCCUGAAUGCCCAUGCACAUCGCCGAUCAACAACUUCCAAGACUGUUCCUCCCACAACUUCAAGUUUUCCUAAAGAGGCCGCCUCAUCUAACCUGACGCUUGCUGAUGGCCGCAUUGAGCCCCAUCAGCAAAAGUGCACACGCAGCGAGGAGUCCCUCGAGGACACCCUUCCUGCUAAAGUGCCUUCUCCAGCGCCCGCUUCUGGGUCGCUAGAAGAACCCCGGGUGCCGGCUGCAACCGCCACCUCUGCACCAGCGGCCCCGGCUGACCCUCAGCCGGUGACCGCUGACACUCAAGGUCACGUUGCGAACCUGCCGGCGCCCGUGUCCUCCACCUCUACACAGUCUGUGCCGGAGGCUCCACCCGUGUCCCCCUCCCUUGCCGCUUCGUCGGAGUGA